AAGGUGGUUCUAGCAAGCGGACCAAUCAUUCUUUUGCAGUCCAUGGCCUUGGCAGACGUGCACAUCCUGCCCUGUUUGCCAUUCAGUUUUUGUGUGCAGGAAGAGAGCAAGACGUGGAGUGUGUCACUUGUAAAACUUUGAUAACUGAUAGUGCUUGCAACGCAACGCGCCAUUACAUCUCCCCAUCUGCCAUGGAGAAAACUCAGGAAAGGAAAGGAGAGAAACCCCCUGGGGGUAUCUCUAAGCAUAUCUACAAAAUAGUCCUCACAGGAGGUCCGUGUGGAGGAAAGACGACAGGACAACUCCGUCUCUCCACUUUCUUUGAAAACCUGGGGUGGAAGGUCUUUCGUGUACCGGAAACAGCUUCCAUUCUCCUCAGUGGAGGGGUGAAGUUCUCUGAACUUACCGAGGAUGAAGGUGACUGUCUUGUGUCAUCCCUCUCUGUCUAUAUCUACUUUCUCUUAUCUCGAUCAUUCCUAUUUCAAGAGAGUCUCCUGAAGACAAUGAUGCAGAUUGAGCAGUCUUAUUUCUCCCUGGCUGAGUCAAAUUCCCACAAUUGUCUCAUCAUCUGCGACCGUGGAGCCAUGGAUGCCUCUGCCUUUAUAUCACUGGAGAAGUGGGAAAAGAUUAUGCAACGUAACAGGCUGAAUGCAGUAGAUCUUAGGGAUUCCAGAUACAAUCACAUCGUUCAUAUGGUGUCUGCUGCAUAUGGAGCUGAACAGUUCUAUUCCAUUGAGGACCAUUCAUGUCGAAGUGAGGAUUUGGAGCUGGCUCGCAAGAUGGACAACUUAGCUGCCAAGGCAUGGAUUGGCCAUCCAUAUUUUGAUGUCAUUGACAACUGCACAGACUUUGAGAGCAAGAUGAAAAGAAUGAUCCAGACGGUGUGCCAACGAAUAGGAAUUGACACAAGUGACAGACUGGCCAAGAAUGCCAAGAAGCGCAAGUUCCUGGUCAAGGCACCCCUUUCACCCCUAGAAGCUUUCCCUCCCUUUCAGGACUUCGAUGUUGUCCACGACUACCUAUCAAGUGCACGGGAACAGCAGCAGGCUCGCCUGCGCAAGCGAGGCCAAAAAGGUCACUGGAAUUAUACACACACCAUGCGGAAACCGGAGAUGGCUGGUCAGGUAGUGGAGGUGCGGACACAGAUCACUCACCGAGAUUACCUCAACUUGCUGACACAGCGUUCCCCAUACCAUGUAUCUGUCUACAAGCGGAGACGCUGUUUCCUUUGGAAGAAUCUAUAUUUCCAACUUGACAUCUAUCAGGAGCCAUGUCAUCCAAGGUGCAAGAAGUUGAUGCUGCUGGAGACAUACACACAGUUAGAUGGGGAGAUGCUGAAGGAGGCACUCCCACCUUUCCUAGAUAUUGAAAAGGAGGUCACUGGAGAUCCUCACUACUCCAUGUACAACCUCUCUCUCAAGGAGGACUGGACCAACAACUCUCGCUAUUGCAAGAAGCUCCCUGAUGGGAUUCGAAUCACCAAUGGAAGCCUUUUGAAGUCCCAGGAGAGUGAUGAGUCAGUGAUCAUCACUCCAAGUGAGGCUGUGAAGAUCAAAAUGACAAAACAGAAGGACAAGAGGGAGAUCCCAGGGAUCAAGACCAGUGGUCAACAUAAGUGAAGGCAGUGGCAAAAUCCCCAAUGAUAUGCUCCCUGCUUUAUAUUCUUCCCUUUUUUUUUCUUCUUCUUCCAUUUUGGGAUAUCAUACUGUUUGCUUGAUGGAUUGAGUGUUUCCAUUCCAUUUCCCCCCAUCUUUGUUUGUCUAGUCCACAAUCAAAACAGGAUGAUAAUUUUUUGUGCAAUAUCACUCAAUCUGGUCCUUAAGUUUAUUCAGCCUUUCUUGAAUAUUUGUGCUCAGGUUGGUGUGAUGCUUGAAGUUGAUUUGCAGUGCUUACUUUCAGAAGUGAGAGAGUGAUGCACCUGCAUUACUGGUACUUUGAAAUCUUGUGCAAAAACAUUGGUGAUCUUGUGCACAGUUGCCUAUGCAAAGCACUGGUCAGAAAGGCAUUAUGGUGCUGCCACUUUACACUGUGAGUUGAUGUGUUGAAGUCAGGUUUAUUGUUUGCCUCACAGGUACAUUUCACUAUACAUUGUGCCAAGCUGAGGGAAAAAAUAUCUUUGAAUAAAAGUAGUUUGUCCCCCUAA